GCCGCGCUCAGCCCGGAGCCGUCCCGGGAGGCGGCAGCAGCGCGCGCAGCCCCGAUCCCAGACCCAGACCCGAGUUCCACCGACUAUGGCCGCGUUGGCGCAGCUGCGCGACUGUCAGGCAUGGAGGGAUGCCGGGCUCCCACUCUCCACGCCAAGCAAUGAAGCCUGCAAGCUGUUUGACGCCACCCUGACCCAGUAUGUAAAAUGGACCAACGACAAGAAUCUUGGUGGCAUUGAGGGCUGUCUGUCAAAGCUCAGAGCAGCAGAUCCGACCUUUGCCAUGGGCCAGGUUAUCUCUAACGGCCUCGUGCUCAUCGGCACGGGAAGCUCCGUGAGGCUAGACAGAGAGCUGGACCUGGCCGUGAAGACAAUGGUGGAGACCUCACACACCCAGCUGCUGACACCGCGGGAACAGCUGCACGUGUCUGCGGUGGAGGCAUUUGCCAAGGGGAACUUCCCCAAAGCCUGUGAUCUAUGGGAACAGAUUCUCCGAGACCACCCAACAGACAUGUUGGCCCUGAAAUUUUCCCAUGAUGCCUAUUUUUACCUGGGCUAUCAGGAACAGAUGCGAGAUUCUGUUGCUCGAGUUUACCCCUUUUGGACACCUGACAUCCCACUUAGCAGCUAUGUGAAAGGCAUCUAUUCGUUUGGAUUAAUGGAAACCAACUUCUAUGAUCGGGCAGAAAAACUUGCUAAAGAGGCAUUAUCUGCGGAGCCCACGGAUGCGUGGUCGGUGCACACCAUUGCCCACAUCCAUGAGAUGAGAGCCGAGGUGCGGGCCGGGAUGGACUUCAUGCAGCACUCGGAAGCCCAUUGGAAGGACUCGGAUAUGCUUGCUUGUCAUAAUUAUUGGCACUGGGCUUUAUACUUGAUUGAAAAGGGUGAAUACGAGGCUGCACUGACCAUUUACGACCAGCAUAUCCUCCCCAGCCUGCGGUCCAGCGGUGCAAUGCUGGACGUGGUGGACAGCUGUUCAAUGCUCUAUCGCCUGCAGAUGGAAGGGGUAUCUGUGGGCCAGAGGUGGCAGGACAUUCUGCCUGUGACCCAGAGGCACAGCCGGGACCACAUCCUGCUGUUCAAUGAUGCACACUUCCUGAUGGCCUCCCUGGGCGCCCGGGACCCCCAGACCACACAGGAGCUGCUGACCACCCUGCAGGAUGCCAGCGAAUCUCCAGGAGAAAACUGCCAGCACCUGCUGGCCCGAGAUGUGGGACUGCCUCUGUGCCAGGCCCUGGUGGCAGCCGAGGAUGGGAACCCUGACCGCGUCUUGGAACUGCUCCUACCCAUUCGCUACCGCAUCGUCCAGAUAGGGGGCAGCAAUGCCCAGAGAGACGUCUUCAAUCAGUUACUGAUUCACGCAGCCUUGAACUGCACCUCCAGAGUGCAUAAGAACGUGGCGCGGAGCCUGCUGAUGGAGCGCGAUGCCCUGAAGCCCAACUCACCUCUGACCGAGAGGCUCCUCCGCAAGGCCGCCAGCGUCCACCUCCUGGAGUGAGCCAGGCCUGGCCCAUGGCCUGCAGAAGCUCAGUGGUGGCCUCCUAGCUUUAGUUGGGCUCCCCUGGGGUUAGGAUUAGGAAACAGCUGGUUGUUAGAGGGCAAGAUUCGGCCUUAGCAAAAGCCCCCUGAGCCAGCGGUUCUUUAGAAAGAGAACACAAAUCAAAGUGUGAUUCGGCAUUUUCUUGGGAAGGGUGAGGGUGCAAUUUUCAUGGUGCUGCUGUCUCUAGUCGCCUUGUAGGUCAGACUUGCCCAUGGGCACACUGAACACCAGCUCCCGGUGUUCAUGGGUUGGAAGGUGGGGUUGGAAGGUGGGGCUGGCCAGCUGAGGCAGCCCUGCCCACACCUAGCUGCCCUUGAAGGAAAUUCUUUCAUGUCCUUGUAUUCUAGACAAGUCCUCCUGUCCCAUUUUUCAGGGGAGGGUGUGAUGAGUGGGGGAGUGUGCCCCCCAGGGUCAUAGCCAGUGAAGCCACCUGACCUCCCUGGGAGGGUCUUCACCUCGAUGUCUUUGGCCUCAGCCCCCAGUGCUGCCCCAACUGCCCUCCUCCUAGAUCACAAGCACACAGAGCCACUCCUGCUUCGUCUCUGGAGGGACGUUCUUGAGCCACCCUCCCUGGGGGCUUUGGUGGUGUCCAUCUGGGCUCAUUUCUUUCUGAACUGUACCUGGGAAUGAGGCCUUGAGUGCACUCUGAUUCUAUCCCCUGGGUGCACAUGCAUUACUGGGGUGUGAAUUAUGCUCCGGGGUGCUCUGUUGUGCAAAAACCAAAGCACUGGUGUGUGGCUGGAACAGGAUUGGAGCUGUCCUGUGAAUGCUGCCUGUCUCCUGCUUCCCCCUGGCAGCUGUGCUGCUGGCAGCCUUGAUACGGGGAGGUUCAAGUGCAAAGAUGUUUUUCAAGUCCCUUCAGUUCCCACUAAAGUUCACUGGGGACUCACUGGAGCAGGAAGUGGGCAGGUCUCCUGAAGGGGAGAGGAGGCCUUCAGACCCACUAUGCCCCUGCAGUUUGCUCAAGCCUGGGCAAAUUCCCAGGAUUAAAAUGAGUUAAUUGUUUUUUUUUUUUUUUUCCCUAAUUCUUAUGGGCACCUUUGAAUGUUCCAAUACUUGGGCUGGAUUCUGCAAAAACUAGCUUCUCCUUGAACUUGGGUGGGUGGGAAGCAACUCAAGAAAAUAGUUAAUAACAUAUUGAUCUCAAGAGAGGUGCUGUGUCUUGCCAGACCUGGUGGGGCAUGCCUGUAAUCCCAGUGACCCAGGAGGCCAAAGCAGGAGGAUGACAAGUUCCAGGCCAGCCUCAGCAAUUUAUAGAGAUCCUGACUCAAAAUAAAAAAUAAAUGACCAGAGAUGUAGCUCAAUGGUAGAAUGCCCUUGGGUUCAAUCUCCAGUAUCAGGGAAAAAAAGAGACAUACUGGGAGGAUGGCCUUAGGCCUGAGCCUAAGCAACUCCAGUUUGAAACCUGCCGUCUUGGCUGGCACAGCUAACAUAGCCCUCCAGUGUGGCCCUCAGACAUAAACAAGUCACUUCCCCUCACCCUGAUAGAGUGAAGCCUCUGGCAGGCUAUCCUCACUUAUUAGGUGAGAAGAUCAGGGUAAAGACCACCAGGCCAGAUGUUUCUGACCCCAGGAUAAAUGGCGUCAAGGAGAUAUCCGGUGGUAGCUGAUGAGGAUUGAAAGGGGGGUCAAAAGCCCCAAAAUUUAUUAUAAAUAAUAGAGCUAAUGAACAGGGAUUCAGCCAGCCAAAACAAGGAUGUACUAGAGGGCCUAAUGAGGACCUGGACUGACAUCCCGUCAUUUGUCAUUAUUUUCCUGAUCCUCUGCAUGAUCCUCACCGCUCUCAAACUCUACGGCCUCAUCUGGACCUUGGUAAGAGCCAAACUUCUCCCUAUGACCUUCUCAACUGGUGGUCCACUCCACACUAGGAGAAGCCUGCCUUGGUUCCAGACCUGAUCACCGAGGUUUGAGUGAGUGUGCAUCUGCUGGACAUCAAGCCUAAGACUUGAGACUUCUGAACUUAGCACGCAGAGGGAAUGUCUGUCAUUAACCUGUCAUGAUUAAGUGUGUUUUGCUGUGCUUAGAAUUAAUCUCAGAUCGUUUUCUGUGAAUUGAUUAUGUCUACUGCAAUGCCUAGCAGUAAGGAUUGCCGUUUUCUUGAUUAAGAACCUAUAGAGUGAAAUUGUAUUGAGUGAUUUGAGUGAAUAAAGCAUUGAAAAGGGCAGAA